AUGACAAGCGAAGAAUUGUUGGAUCAGAGCAGAAAGGCCUCAUCUCGAAAUGAUGUUUAUGCACUUGGUUUGGUCAUAUGGCAACUCAUUGAAAGAAGACUAGUCUUUGCUGAAUAUGGAAAUGAAGGAAAAUUUGAUUAUGGACUUUUCACUCUUGAUGUUUUUCUUGGAAAACUAAAGAGAUUAGAUCCGCCAAAAUGUUUUCGGGAAAUUGGAGAAAUUGUGGAAAGUUGUUGCGAUUUUGCCCGCUCAAAACGACCAAAUAUCGAAGAAAUUCUAAAACAGCUCAAAGAGUUUAAGAAGAUCAAUAACUUUAAUGAUUCCAAUGAUGGAGUGAUGCUCUUGAAAGUCGGGUUGUUGGGCUUAGUGGUUGGUUUCAGCUCAGCGACAAGCGAUGAUCGUUUGCUAAAUGAGCCCAUUCUUUCUAUGGAAUGCAAGGAUGGCAAGAAUAUGUACAGUUCUUUUGGCUGCAAUUCAACCUAUUAUCAUUGUGAAAAUGGACUCUCAAUCAAGAAAGAAUGUUUGAUUGACCUCUACUUUGACAUUGUUCAAUUGGAAUGUAAAUCUCAUUCUCAAGUUGAAGCCUGCGUAAAUCCACCAAAAGAAGAUCAUUUACAAGUCAAUAAAGAUGAUCUCCCUGCUUGUGAUGGUGACAAAGAUUUUGUUUCAAAUGGGGAACUGUGUUCUCGAUUCUAUGGACUUUGUGAAAACGGAAAAGUUGUGCGCAAAUCAUGUCCUUACAACAAUGUCUGGAUUCAAGAGGAUAAGACUUGUAAUGACAUUGAACAAGUAGAAGCUUGCAAGAGAGCCAAAAGAAAGGAAGAAGAAGGAGAAAGCGGCACGAAGAUUGAACAAACGACCACUUCGAUCAGGAACGAUACGUCCGAAGUCACAACUCAAUCUCCAGCUCGAUCAUGGUUUUCGUGUCAAGGGAAACCUAAUGGAUACUAUGCUCAAGGAUGCAGCAACUUGUAUUGGGCUUGUAUCUCCGAAGCUCCCAUUCAGUACCAAUGCCAAGGAAUGAACUUGUUCUUCUCAGCACAGACUCUCCGCUGUGAUCUGAAGCAAUGGGUGCCCGAGUGUGGUGGGAGAAUUCAACCAACCACUCAACCGCCACAGCCUCAACAACCACAAUCGCUUCCUACAUGGGAUAUGACAGCUCUAUGUGCUAAGAAAUUGAAUGGAUUCUACUCAACUCCAUGCAGCAGAGAAUACAUCAUGUGCAAGAACUUCAAAACGACUCAAUUCUUCUGUCCAAAUACUCUCGUCUUUGACUCCACCAUCAGCCAAUGCAACUACCGGGAAAUGGUUCCCUCUUGUCAAUCUCUCACCGUCAAACCAACCGCACAGCCACAAGAGUCACCCACAACACCAACGCCAGCAACAACUGUCUUAACCUACAACAAUCCGAUUGUUAAUGUGUUGCCAUGGUGUGUCAAAUACAAACUGCCAGAUAUACUUGAUGCAAUUUUGGUCGAUUUAUAUGAGAAAUGUGACGGCGAUGAAGACACUUGUUAUAAAAUAGCUACAGAGUUAACGAGACAAGAGUACAAAGGUUUA